AUGAUUGAUCAGGCAACUCUUCAGACGGCGACAUAUAAAAUCAGGCAUAUUGCUACCGGGCAAUACGUUGUUCUCAAGGACACCAACAGGACUUCAUCUUUGAUUGUCCUGCAAGACAGCCAUUUCGAACACCUUGCAUGGGUUCUGGACAAGCUGGCUGGACUUGAAGACUCGUAUCAUGUCAGGAGUUUCCUGCAGAACACUUUUCUUAGGAUGGGACAGUCUCCCACAGCGGGCGCUGAAAUUGUUUCCGGGACAGAAUCAUAUCCGUGGUUCAUUCGUCCUGCUGCUAGCGGUUUUGGCGACUUCUACCUCAUUUCACCUUGUUCGGAUCCCUCGCUCUAUUUGACCAUCGUGAGGACAAGGGAUGGUGCCAAUGCUACACUGACCAACAACCCAAAACAUCAUGUAUACUGGGAGUUUGCUAAAAUGUCUGCCUGA